AUGUCUGGAUCACUAGACCUGAGGAGAAGAGACCAGAGAUGCAAAUACCACAAAGACCAUGGCCAUACAAUCGACAAGUGCUAUGCAUUAAAGGAUCAUUUGGAAGAAUUGGUGCGAGAACACCUGAACGACUACCUCCCAAAAAAGGCUGCCUUAACUAAAACCAUAUUGCGUAGGUCUCCUUUACUCGGCUUGAUCCAUAUGAUUUACAGCCUCCCACAUCUGAAUAAGGAAAAUAUGGUUCAACUGCAAUGGACUCCGGAAUCAUCCCAGUCUAGCUUACAAUCUAUUGGGCAACCGAAGCGGCAACGGUUAGCACCGAUCAAUGUGAUCAGUUUUUCUAAUGCCGAUCUAGAGGGUUUGACCCUACUCAAUGACGAUGCUCUGCUCGACCUUAAAGAUGAAGAUUUUACGGCAGCCGAAUACCCUAUUUUUGGCUUUAACGCCAACCCGGAGUACUUCUUGGAGAAGAUUGUACUACUAGUGCGAGCUGGCACUCAGACACUAGAGGUAGAAUUCCCAGUAGUCAAGUUUCCCUCCCCCUACAACCUGAUUAUGGACCGAACAUGGCUCCAUGCCAUGAAAGCCAUCCUAAGCACGUACCAUCAACUUCUUCGCUUUCCGACUCAGUAUGGCAUUGAACAAAUUCGAGGAUCCCAGACGUCGGCGAAGAGUUGUUAUAUGAUGGCCUUAGGAAAAAGACCAAAAAAUCUCAAGGUCAAUUCAAUCGAAGUUCCGGACCAAGAAGGAUUGGAUAAUGUGGGAAAGUUCCAACCGAAAAGGCGAUAG